AUGAGAGCCAUCAUUUUGCACUUUUACCUCUUAACUUUGGGAAACGCCGCCAUCAUAUUGGUAUCUCACCUGGACCCCAAACUCCACACGCCGAUGUAUUUCUUCCUUGGCAACCUCUCCUGCCUGGACCUCUGCUUCACCUCCAGCGUUGCCCCGCAGCUGCUGGUUACCAUGGCCACGGAAGACAAGAGCGUGAGCUACAGCGCAUGCGUGGGCCAGCUCUACGUGGCCAUGGGGCUGGGGUCAUCUGAGUGUAUCCUCCUGGCGGUCAUGGCUUACGACCGCUAUGGGGUCUGCCAGGCCCUGCCCUACACAGCCGUCAUGCACCCUAGGCUUUGUGCGUCCCUGGCCGGCAUAGCGUGGCUCAGUGGCCUCAUCACCUCCCUAAUUCAGUGCUCCCUUACUGUGCGGCUUCCUCUUUGUGGUCAUCGCAAACUGGACCACAUUUUCUGUGAGGUGCCAGUGCUCAUCAGACUGGCCUGUGGGGACACAACUUUCAAUGUGGCAGAACUCUUCGUGGCCAGUGUAGUCUUUCUAAUUGUCCCUGUGUCACUCAUCUUAGUCUCCUAUGGCUUCAUAACCCAAGCCGUGCUAAGAAUCCAAUCAGCUGAAGGGCGCCAAAAGGCCUUUUGGACUUGCUGCUCUCACCUGGCGGUCGUCAUUGUUUUCUAUGGGACCAUCAUUUUCAUGUACCUGCAACCAGCCAAAAGUAGCUCCAAAAACCAGGGGAAGUUUGUUUCUCUUUUCUAUACCAUAAUUACUUUGGUUACCCCACUUUUAAACCCCAUUAUCUACACUCUGAGAAACAAAGACGUGAAAGGGGCCUCGAGGGCACUGAUGGUGGGAGGUGUCCUUGGGCCAUGCCGCAGCGAGGCACAGAAGACCCGGAACCCCACAAGGAGAUAG